ACGAACCUAUUACCGAUAUGCCGCAGCGCCGUCAGAUUUCGGACUCUUCAGUGCCUUCUCUCUCUCUCUCUCUCUCUCUGAAUCUCUCUCGCCGGAAAAAUGGCAACGACGGCUCAGCUCCGGUAUUCUCCACUCCCCAGUCAUCACAGGAUCGCCGGGAAGCGUAGCUUUCCUGGUGAAGCUUCAUUCUUUCCGUCUAUCUCUUUCCCAGUUCACUCUGCAACCACCUCAACAAACCUCUCCCUCACUCUCCUCCAACCCAGAGCCUCAAACAGUGCUAACUCUGCCUCAAAAAUAAAACUUUCCAGUGAUGGAGGAAAUAACGGUGGCGGAAUUGGCCGCGGCACUGGUGGUGGCGGUAGUGGUGAUGGAUGGAGUUCCGGCGGAAGCAAAGAUGGAGAUUCCAGCGGCGAUCCGGGGUUCGGAAUUCUUGGGCUGUUCUUGAAUGGGUGGAGAUCUAGGGUUGCUGCGGAUCCGCAGUUUCCCUUCAAGGUUUUAAUGGAGGAGUUAGUUGGUGUUACUGCUUGUGUUCUUGGAGACAUGGCGUCUCGGCCCAAUUUCGGUCUCAAUGAACUUGAUUUCGUGUUCUCCACUCUCGUCGUCGGAUCGAUUCUCAAUUUUGUUCUUAUGUAUCUGUUAGCACCUACGAUGUCAGCUUCUUCAUCUAGUCUCCCUGCGAUCUUCGCGAGUUGCCCGCAGAGCCACAUGUUUGAGUCGGGAGCUUAUAGUGUUCUCGAUCGGUUAGGGACUUUUGUUUAUAAAGGAACAGUUUUUGCCGCUGUAGGGUUCGCAGCUGGACUCGUUGGGACGGCGCUUUCUAAUGGGUUGAUUAAGUUGAGGAAGAAGAUGGAUCCGAGCUUUGAGACGCCAAAUAAGCCUCCGCCGACGUUGCUGAAUGCUUUUACUUGGGCGCUUCAUAUGGGUUUGAGCAGUAAUUUUAGGUACCAGACACUGAAUGGGAUCGAGUUUUUGCUCGCAAAAGGGCUGCCUCCUGUGGCUUUUAAGAGCUCAGUGGUGGUUUUGAGGUGUUUAAAUAAUGUUCUUGGUGGAGUUUCGUUUGUGGUGUUGGCGAGGUUGACGGGAGCACAAAAAGGCGGAAAUACCGAGGUUGCUGUGCCGGUGACGGGUUCGGCUGAAGAGAAGGUGAAGUUAUUAGAGGGGGGUGAGGAUUUGCAGAGCAGCGAAUCCACUUGUAAGUGAUUUAGUUCGUAUUCAUGGUUUUUUCCUCUUACGAUAAAGAUAGGGUUUCCUUUUUUCAAAUUUUCUUUCAAUGUAGUAGAGGGACAUAGCACUCAUAUAGAGUAGGUUUUCAUUGAGGGAUGGGUUCUGAUGGGUGUCUCUAUUGUGUAAUUUGAAGUUACACACGCUUUAUGAAAAAUAACGUCUCUAGUUGAUGAUGAGUGAUCUUUUUUUGGUUCUAUUUUCCUUCUCUGUGAGCUGAUGGAUUAAUCUAUUUCAAUACUUUUGUUUAUGGAUGAUCUUUCCUCCCGAAUAAUGAAGUUUGGUCUAUAAAUUUAUGUUUUAA